AUGCAAGCAUCAAAGAUGUUUCUAGUCUUAAUGAUCAUGUAUGCUGCUGGUGAACUUUCAGUGUCACUGUCAGUGCAGUCAGAAGGAUAUUGCACAAACUGUGAUCCUAAUCCUUGCCUGAAUGGUGGGACUUGUGAUGAAUCCACAUCUCAUACUGGAAGCGAUUACAAAUGUUACUGUCCGCAAGGCUUUUCUGGUGAAACAUGUGAAUUUGAUGUAUGUGACAGUCAUGAUUGUCAGAAUGGAACCUGUGAGGCAGACGAGUCCAAUCUAAGAGGUUACAGGUGCAAUUGUGUCACUGGUUAUAUCGGGAACAAUUGCGAUGUUGAUGUGUGUGAUGAUCAUGAUUGUCGGAAUGGAGACUGUGAAGCAGACCAGUCCAGUAUACGAGGUUACAGGUGUAAAUGUGUCACUGGUUAUAUCGGGGAUAAUUGUGAAGUUGAUGUAUGUGGCAGCAAUGUUUGCCAGAAUGGAGGUAGCUGUGAGGCAGACAAAUCUCAAGUACGAGGAUUCACCUGUAUCUGUAUCAAUGAUUAUGUUGGCGACAAUUGUGAAGGUAAAUUGUGA